CGUUGUCUCGGCAACAAGUCCCUGUUUUAGCGGCUCCCGGGAGCUCAGGCGCCUGCGCGGAACGACGGAAAUCCCGCGCUGCGUCUGCGGCGCGUCUGGACCCGGAGUGAGCCUUCCCCGCGGGCGGCCCGGGGCCUCCCCUGCGCGCGUGGGAGAGCGGGAGCGGGAGCGGGGCUGGCGGCGGAGAGCGCUGAUCAUGGCUUUCAGAAAUGUGAACAGAAGACGUCACAUUGGACUUCAGCAGCUUUCAUCUUUAGCAUCAAUAGGAAGAACACUUUUAGGGCCAGUAAAAUCAUAUAAAUUUAUUAUAGAUGUAAGCACCAGUGAGAGUGUUUUGACUUGUUCUGCAGUUAGACUUCUUGAAAGUUUGGAUUUAACUAGUGCAGUGGGACAGCUUCUUAAUGAAACAAUUCAGGCACAGAACAAAGAAUAUAAAACUGGGAUGACUACCCUGUUGUUUCUUGUUGGUGCAUGGAGCAGUGCUGUACUUGAAUGCCUUCAGCAGAAUGUUCCUUUUUCACUAAUAGUAUCUGUGAUGUCUGAAGGAUUGAACUCCUGCAGUGAAAAAGUCCAGUGUCUUCAGCUAUCAGUACAUGAUUUAUAUAAAGGGCCUGAUUCUGUUCCCAUUCACUUCAGUUCUAGCAGUCUGGGGCCCCAGAUUAUUGAAAAUAAAAUUCCUGGUGUUGGAUCUAACAGUUUUUUAAAUCCUCUUGUGCAAUUUCUUAAAGAGGUUCCUGUAUCUAAAGAAGAAAGUAUUCCAGAAGGCCUUCAUUCUCAUCAAGCAGGCCCUUGCGAUCCUCAUAACAGAUGUUUGAAUUCACACCUAAGCGCUACAGACUAUAUAACACCCUUAUUGGAUGAACCAGUGGGCAAUAAAACUAUGCCUGUAGUUCCUAGAAGCAGUUUGUUUGCAUCCAGCUGUAACAAAAGAACAAGAUUAACUCAUAGUAGAUACUUUAACGUUCCAGGAAAAAGCCAUUGUUCACUCCAAGUAGAAAAUUUUGGGGGUCCUUCUGCUGGGCCUGCAGCAUGUCCUUAUGAAUUUAAUGAUUUUGGACAAUUGGCAAUGGCUCUUAGCCAUGGGAAUCAGUCUAGCAUGAAAUUGGUACAGGAUAUUGUCAGAUGCCAGCAACAAGUAGCUGAUCACACAGGUUCUUCUCAAUUUAAUGUUGCAGAAGUUGUGACGUGCUGUUUACCAGGAUUGUCUGAACAUUAUUCUUGUGUGUGUCCAGGGUAUAUCACUUUAGUAUCACCAGAGAAAGUCACUGUUACCAAGCAACUUCAGGAUAGACCGCUUCAGAUUCUUCUUGUAGAUGGUGAUCUAACGGAAAAGUAUCGUCACCUGGGAUUUAAUAGACCAUCAAAUGUCAGAAUAAUAUCGGAAAAUGUAGGUUUGCAAGAAAGUAGCUCAGAAAGUUUAUGGAUAAACUGUGCGUUAGAUAUUUUAAUACAAGCAAAAGUAAAUUUAGUUUUGGUAAAAGGAAAUGUGUGUGAAAGUUUAAUGGAAAGAUGCAUCCUGAAUAACAUAUUGAUGAUCAAUCCAGUAACUCACAAUGUGCUACAUGCUUUUGGGAAGGGUACAGGAGUGCAGCUGGUGACAUACCUUUCCCAGGUAAAUAGUCAUUGCGUGGGUAGUGGUGUCUGGGUGGAUUUCUGGAGAACUGGUGACUUGAGCACAAUGGAAUUGGAUAACAAAGUGCCAAUCAGUAUCAAAGCUGAAGGAAUUCAUCUGGUAACAGCUGUGCUUAGUAGCACAGUAACUGCAAAGAUGCAAGUCACUGAAGAUCAUUUCUGGACUUGUGCUUAUCGCCUGCAUCAUGCUCUAACUGACCAGAAAGUUUUUCCUGGAGGUGGUGCUGUUGAACUGUUGUGCCUCAGUCAUCUUAAAAAGCUUGAAGAACAAUCUUUAAAGCAAGCAGAUAAAAAACUUGCAGAAGAUUUGUACAUGUCAUCUUGUUGGCUGACAAAAUCAUUCACACAGUAUAAACCAGUUGUGCUUAAAGCCCUGGCAAGUGGUUGGCAUCAGUACCUUUCAAGAGUCAUGUGUAACACUGCUCAUUAUGCAUCAGAGUUUGAAGCAAGCACUUCCAUCGAGCAUCAUCUCAAAAAAGCAGCAGACUAUGGUUCUCCUUCAGCAUAUAUUCUGAAAGAGUUCAAUAAAGGAGAAAAAGUCAUGGUGGAUUUUGGUCUUUCAACUAAACCUGUGGAGGCUGUAAAGAUAUAUGACAAUAUUACACCCAAGGUGGAAGCAUGGCGCAGAGCUCUAGACUUGGUGCUAUUAGUGCUUCAAACAGAUGCUGAAAUUAUCACAGGUCCUAAGAGAAAUCAGUUAUUAAAUUCACAUGUAUCUAGUGAGUUCAUAUAUUUAUAGGACUUGGUAGGCUUAUGUAUGACUCUAACGCGGUGGGUGGAAAAUUUGCAGGUACACAGAAAUGUUUAUGCAGCUAUAAAGCAAACUUUUUAGGAGUUAUGCCAAUGAUAUUUACAAAUAAAAUUCAGCACAUGGAUGUAGAGACAAACUAGAUAGUGCUGCAGCUUUUAAUUUCUAGAAAUGGAGUUUGCAUCUGGGUAUCCACCCAAUCUACACUGUGACGAGGUCAAACUGAUGCAUGAGAGAAGUAUGAAGCUACUAGGUGGAGUGGGAUACUAAUGGAAAUGAGCUCACUGUCUCUAAGCAACAAUACUGCCUGUUUGUUUCCAUGCUCUCUCCAUUAACCGCUUCCCCACCUCUUAUACUACAUAGCGUAGGAAGCAAAAAAUACAGCUCCAGACUCCUCAGAUGGAGAGAAAAGGCUGAAAUUUGGUCUGGGUUUCUGGCGUGUUUGUGCUUUGCAAAACAAUGGGUCGGGGUGGGGAAGCUGAGGGCUUCAUCUACAGAUUUCCCUUUACUCCAGAGUCAGUUCUUGUCUUUAUUCAUCUGCUACUAAAGAGGAAUAGCACCCUCCUGUCUCAACUGCUGUUUUUGUGGGUGUUCUGUAAUUUUAAGACAAUUUUGCUUUGUCUGUCUACCCUCUAACUACCUUUUGAUGGGGGUGGACCCACUAAAUUCUUGUUUCUUCUCCAUGACUGAACUCACUGACAUAGUUGUCACCUCAGGAGCAUUCUCCUAAAUUGGUGAUUUUCAGCCUGUGUUCCAUGGAGCCUGGGGCCUAUGCCUAAGAUUUCCAAAGGGGUCCACACCUCCAUCUGAAAUUUGUUAAGGGUUUUUCCAGGAAUGAAAAAAGGUUGAAAACCACUGUCCUUAAUCAACAAACUCUCUUUAAAGGCAAUCUACAAGGUUGGGGGAAACAGUAUGCGCUCCUCCUUUCUAUCCUUUGUCUUACAGUGUAUAAAGAGGGCCUGGAAGAUUUUUUCAAUUCUUAUUCCUAGUGGUCUUUUUUUUUUUUUUCCACAUAAGGAACUUCAGGUCUUGUCUGCCCUAUUCCUGGAAGAGUUUAGAUCACUCAAAAACUAGUGAGAUUGACAUCACAACUAACAAAUGUUUUUUGCCUUUUUUGGUGACCACCCUUUCCCCAAAUGCCUGAUGCCGUGGAGAGGGAUGAUUCAACACUUCACCCCUUUAGCUAAGGACUGAGACGGCUCCUUCUCUGUUUCUCUGGAUUUUUAUGAAGAGCUCAACCAAAAACAGGGAAGAGAAGUCUUUAUGCACAAAGUACAAUGAGGAAAACUCCACAUUUGUGCCUCCUAUGUGGAUGAGGAAAUGGGCACUCUUUCUUUGCAGGUCCCAUUCCAAGUGCUUCAGAGACUAGCUAUUGUCAGUUGUGGGGAAAUCUGCUCUUUGUUUGGAAAUCUGGGAAGGUAAGAAGUAUUAAGCAUACUUCACUGAAUAUUAUUCCAUGUAGUGAAUACCCAGGAUCAGCUCCUCAGCUGGCCUGAAUCAAUGUUGUGAUGUUAACUUCAGUAGGUUCAUGCCGGCAGAGGAUCAGGCAGCAGACUUGCUACCAAGAAGUGCUCAGGUGACCAGAUAAGACAUUAUACAAUUAUGUUAGAGGGGUAACUACUGCCUUGGAGGAGGGAGCUUCCUAUGCCUCUAUUUAGAGAAGGUGCUGAGAGGUCCUCCUAGAAGAAAUAUCAGUCAUGGAGGUAUCUGUAGCCAGAAUAGCUGUGUUAAAAGUGGAAUCACAAGUGUUAUUAGUUAAGAUUGAGGUACACUGGAAAGAGCUGACUGAGAAAGUUCGAACUGUGCCUGGCUCAAGCCAUUGCCAUUACCUUCCUUUUCCUAAGCAUUAAAAUUCACUUAAAUUUGUAGGAAAAAUAAGAAAUGUUUUGUCUCUGGCGAAAAGGGAGAAUAGCUUUCAUAUUAUAUCAUAUUACCCCCCAGAAGGUUAUAUUUAUAUAACAGGCAGGGGGUUGGACUAGAUGACCUUCUGGGGUCCCUUCCAACCCUGAUAUUCUAUGAUUCUAUGAUUCUAUGAUUUCCAUCUUUUACUAAACAGAAACCUGCCUAGGGCCUAUAUUAUAGUCUUGGGCAUGACAACUUACCUCUAUGCCUCAUUUUCCACAUUUUAAAAGGAGGAUGAUAGUAUAUACCAGUGGUGGGCAACCUGUGGCCCAUCAGGGUAAUGUGAUUGCGGACCGUGAGACAUUUUGUUGACAUUGACUAUAUGCAGGCACUGCACCUGCAGCUCCCAGCCAUGGUUCUCUGUUCCCGGCCAAUGGGAGCUGUGGGAAGCGGCGCUUGCAGGUGAAGGGGCCAGAGGGAUAUGCUGGCCGCCACUUCCCAC